GAAAGAGCAAAUCUCAUAAAAAAAGAAAAAAAGAAAGAAAGAAAGCAAACCUUCAGAAAAAAAAACAAAACAAAGUCAAAGAAAAUUAAUACUCCUAGAAAUGGAAAGGUAACAAAAAUGGAAGGCGGAGAAAGAGUUGCGCCACCGCACGCGGCGGAAGAAGGCGGCGAUUUAGAGGAGGAGCAAGUGAUGAGUGAGGUUCACCUGGGGUGCCCACCGAAGCACUCUGGGCCUCGCAUAUCCCGUUUCACCGUCUCUCUUCCACCUCGAGAUGAAGAGAUUGAUGAUCGUAUGAAUUUAGUGAGGGGGAAAGCCUAUGAAGUUGAUGAAGAUGGAGAUUUAAUUGUAACUCGAAGACGGAGUCAAUCGAAGGAUUCUUUUGUUAUCUUUGUCCAACACAACAUCACUUCUUCGAUACCAAGAGUUGGCCUCCAAGUUUGGAGAGCAGAAUUGGUUCUAGCUGACUUUGUGCUGCAUAUGACAUAUAAAAAUUCAUCCAAUUUUGAUGGAGUUGUUGCAGUAGAGCUUGGUUCUGGCACUGGGUUAGUCGGCAUGUUACUUGCCCGUGCUGCUAAUACUCUAUUCAUAACUGGUACGAGACUUGAACUGAACUCUGUAAUUUGCUGGAGACACCUGCUUCUUUUCUAUGAUAAAGGUGAUGAAGUACUUGAAAACUGUGCCAAGAAUGUUAAUCUCAAUGCUGGAAUCUUCCACCACAAGGCUUCUAUAUAUGUACGCGAACUGGAUUGGAACCAUCCAUGGCCACCUGUGAUUGUGGUAGAUCCUCCAUCUGAGCAGAGCUAUUGUUGGAGCACAUUAGAGUUUGAAAAACUUCAGAGAGCUUCUUUGCUCUUAGCUGCUGAUGUUAUCUACAGUGACGACUUAACUGAUGCCUUCUUCAAUGUAUUAGAAGCAAUCAUGUCGUGUAGUCCAGAAAAGGUGCUAUACCUAGCUCUGGAGAAGCGGUACAACUUCUCCAUUGAUGAUCUUGAUGUCGUUGCAAAUGGCUAUUCACACUUCCGAAGUUAUCUUAAAGUCGAGGAAGAGGAGGAGGAUGCUCUUGAAACUGAAUCUACACAGAGCUUCGUCGGUAGGCUCAUCAACCUGGAAGAGAUUCCUCAGUACGUGCAAGAGUACAAACGCGGAAACGAUGUUGAGAUUUGGCAGAUUAGAUAUGCCGGGCCCAAGUCUUGAAUCUGGUAAUUCUAUCAUGUCACAUUUUGCUAUGCCUAGAAAGCUUGUCAUGUUAUAGAAAGACAUAUAACGAGAAAUGAGGGAUUGUGGCUGUCACAUGCAAACCUUAGAAUCUUGCAAGGUCGGCUCAAAAAGUCACUUUAUUUCAGCAUCAAAAAGAAAAUGCUUACUUUCUC